AUGGUCACUAUAGGCAAUGCUCAUGAAGACUUGAUUCAUGACGCCGUGUUGGAUUACUACGGCAAAAGAUUGGCAACGUGCUCAUCGGACAAAACCAUCAAGAUAUUCGACAUUGAUGGCACGGAAAACUACAAAUUUAUAACAACGUUAUCGGGCCACGAAGGCCCAGUCUGGCAAGUGGCAUGGGCGCAUCCUAAAUUUGGACCCAUAUUGGCAUCGUGCUCUUAUGACGGCAAAGUCUUGGUUUGGAAAGAAAACCCAGAGACUCAGCAAUGGUCCAUCAUUGCAGAACACACGAUUCACCAAGCCAGCGUCAACUCCGUGAGUUGGGCCCCGCACGAGUUGGGUGCCGUUUUACUUUGCACUUCGUCAGAUGGGAAAGUCUCCGUGGUGGAUUUCAAAGACGAUGGCACUACUUCGCAUGUCAUAUUUGAUGCGCAUGCAAUCGGAGUCAAUUCAGCCUCGUGGGCUCCGUUGAAUUCAGCCACGUCGUCGUCGUUGUCUUCUUCUGCAUCGUCGUCGAAGGACCCAACAGCUUUAAAGCAACAGCGCAGGUUUGUCACUUCGGGCUCAGAUAACUUGGCCAGGAUUUGGAAAUACGACCCUGCUAGCGACUCGUAUGUCGAAGAGGCCAAAUUGGAAGGACAUACUGAUUGGGUUAGAGAUGUGGCUUGGUCACCUUCGAAUUUGAUUCGUCCUUACAUUGCCACGGCAUCGCAGGAUCGUACUGUGUUGAUUUGGACUCAGGAUAAAGAUGGCAAGUGGAUACACCAGAACUUGACCGAGGAGAAAUUCCCUGAUGUGUGUUGGAGGUGUUCUUGGUCGCUUUCUGGUAACAUUUUGGCUGUUUCUGGCGGAGAUAACAAGGUCACCUUGUGGAAGGAGAAUUUGCAAGGAAAAUGGGAAUCUUCCGGUGACGUAGAACAGUAG